AUGGCAAGGCAUUGCUUUUGUUGACAGUCAUGAGUCAUGUCUAAGAUAUAGGUUAUAGUUGUAAGUUAUGUUUAUUAUUUUUAAUAAUUUGUGAAUUAUUGUGAUCAAUUAAUAAUUGAUAAGCUUUUACUCUUUUUUAAAAUCGCCAUCAAGCAUUGAAAAUGCAUGGACGAGUAAAAGUUAGAACCUCUGAAGAACAGAAGGAGUUGGAGAGGAAAGAACGAGAGAAAAAAGUAAAAGUUUACAAAGCGGCCAUUCAAAAAGUUUUCUCAAAGAGGAAAAAUAAUGAACUGGAUGAUGAAGGCCUUGAAAUUACUGGACAAAUACUAUUAUCAAAUCCAGACAUUUAUACUCUAUGGAACUACCGGAAAGAGAUAGUUCUUCAUUACAAAGAAUUAAGGCCCGCAGAAGAACUUGAAGAAGUAGUAAAAACGGAAUUGUAUUUGGCGGAGUCAUGUCUGCGUAAAAAUCCCAAGUCGUAUUGUGCCUGGUACCAUCGUUGCUGGAUAUUGGAUAAUAUGCCCAACACCAACUGGAAACGCGAAUUGGCCAUUUGCAACAAGUAUCUCGAUCUGGACGAGAGGAAUUUUCACUGCUGGGAUUAUCGGAGAUUUGUGGUGAAGCGAGCCAAUGUGUCGGCUGAGGAUGAACUGGCUUACACCGGCGAGAAGAUAUCGGACAACUUCUCCAAUUACUCAGCUUGGCAUCUGAGGAGUAAGCUCUUGCCCAUUGUUCAUCCCGACACGUCUCAAGUGGGCCGUCCUGUUGAUGAAAAACAUCAUGGCAAAGAACUGGACAUGGUGCAGAGUGCUGCGUUCACAGAUCCCAACGACCAGAGUGCGUGGUUCUACCUGCGCUGGCUGCUCGGUCGAGUCAGGUCGGCGCUUCAGGUCAGUCAGGUUGUGUCUGACCACGGCAAACUGUGUCUCAGGUUCAGUCAGCCUGUCAGCCUUGGUUCACUGCUCAUCGAGGGACUCGGCGAGGACGUAAAGUGGACAAUCAAGGGCAAUCAACAUCAUUCCAUGAUAUUGACAGCAGAAGUAGACGUGAAGAAAAUAGCACAGGCUGACGUAAUUAGUUUGAAAGUUUCCAAAACUAGUGGAGACGUUGUAGAAAGUGUAAAGCUUGUCAGGGAGCCGGAUGAGACAAUAAGUUACCGAAGACAUUUCCAGUUUCAUGCCGACUUCAGCCCUGCUCUGACAAUUGUCUUGCAAGACCAGCUGGAAUCCUGCGAUCAACUCUUGGAGUUCGAACCAGAUAGUAAAUGGACAGCUCUGACAUCGGUGCUAUUAAUGCAUGCGCUCGAUAGGAAAAAGUAUAAGAAAGAAAUCAUGGAUCGAUUGGAGAAGCUGAUGAAAAUUGAUUCUUUGAGAACUGCUUACUAUUCUGAUCUGAAAAGUAGAUAUACAACCGAAUACUUGCUCGAGGCAUGGGAAGCAGAAGGCUGCAAAGAUAGCCUUUCGCUGGCCGGCAGUAACCUGACCUCACUCUACCACAUGGAAUGCACUCUGUCUGUCAAGGAAUUGGAUCUCAGCUCCAACCUCAUCUGCAGUCGGUCACUGCCUAAUCUUACUUCGUUAGAGUUCUGUCAGGUUCUAAAUCUGGACAAUAACAACCUAACCAGCCUGGUUGGAUUCCCUCACCUGCCGGCCCUACGUAAACUGUCUCUGUGCGAGAACAAAUUGUCCGAAGUUGAAAGCACGGUCAACAAUCUAUGUCUAUGCAGCAAUUUGAGUGACCUUGAUCUGAGAAAAAACCCGGUGGCAGCAGACGAGCGUCUGGUCGCUGCUCUCAGAGACGCUCUGUCAUUGUCUGUCUUCAAUGGAAGCUCAUUAUAGGGUUGGGAUUCCCUCAAUUAUCCAUCAGUUUUACCUGCACCAUCAUUGUCUUAAUAUUUGUAAUGUGUGUAUCAGUUUUAUUGACUGUUUAUAAAUGAAUGAGUUUGAUAAAAAUCAAUAAAUAUAUUGUCUUGUUUUGGUGUUUAUUUCA